UCUAUAACGGCUUAUGACGUUUAUUUUCCCCAUUAGUUGAUUUUGAUUCCCAUCUUACAUAGAACUUACAUAGAAUCCCCCUUUGACGUUUUUGGAGGGGUUACUUUGCACCGCAUCUAUUGCGAGGCUCACGCAACGGUCAAAAUAUUAGCCGGUAUAAGGUAGUAUCUCGCGGUUGUUCCUGGGAUUCAUAUACACACACCAUAGGAUCCAGCCUUUACUACAUCAAAGAAAUUCCCCUAGCUGCGACUCGUUGGCAGCGCAGCUCAUCUCAACUAGACUCGCUUUAGUAUUUUGAGGAAUCACUACCCGCUUGGAGCAAUGACAACUCCUCGAGUAUUCGUCAUUCGCCAUGGCGAGACCGAAUGGUCGUUGAGCGGCAAGCACACGAGCUCAACUGAUAUUCCAUUGACGGCCAAUGGAGAAAAGCGUGUGAAGGCGACUGGUCGGGCACUCGUAGGGGACGAUCGAUUAAUUGUACCCAAACAAAUCGCGCAUAUAUAUGUGUCGCCGCGAAAGCGGGCCCAGCGAACCUUUGAAUUACUCAACCUCGGUACUACGAAUCCCCUGCCGUGGAAGAAUCACGGUGAAAAGCCCACCGACGCCAAUAACCUUUGCAAUGCGCAGGUCGAGGUUACGGAGGACAUCCGUGAGUGGGACUAUGGCGACUAUGAGGGAAUGACAAGUGCCGAGAUCCGCGAGCUUCGCGCCAAGCAGGGUCUCACUCAGAGAUGGGACAUCUGGAGGGACGGCUGUGCCGGCGGAGAGAGCCCUGACGACGUCACCCGGCGCGUGGAUCGCUUAAUCAAAGAGAUUCGGGAAAAGUGGCACACGCCCGUAAUCAGCAAGCCUGAAUCAGAGCACCAAUCCCACGGGGACGUCCUGAUCGUAGCGCAUGGCCAUAUACUACGUGCUUUCGCUAUGAGGUGGAUAGGUAAGGCGUUGCAUGAUGGCCCAGCAUUUAUACUAGAAGCUGGUGGUGUUGGAAUAUUGAGCUACGAACAUCAUAACAUACACGAGCCCGCCAUACUACUGGGUGGUGCCUUUGUAGUCAGCCCAUAGACAAACAGGGAGUAUCAGAGCGCUAUAAUCUCCCAUACAUAAUAUAAUAGAAUGUAAUGCCUGGGCUAAAUGUGCCCCCUUAUGCUAAAACAUGCGUACCUAUGCCAACGAAGUACUUAUCGUCUUCGAAAAGAUUGUACCCCGGCGUGCCCAGAGCAUCGACUCGCGGUAUGCCCACAUGAACACCCCCGCGACGGCCGUCCGGCACAAUUACAAUACAUAUCUGGCAGUUUUCCGCAGCAAUAGGUGGGCUUGUACAAUUCCACAAGCACCCAAGGAUGAAAUAUAUACCG